AUGACAUCCAAACUAAUCCCUGUGUGUAAACUACUGUUCUGUUUAUAUAUCCUGCUACCUCAGUGUUCAAUUGACCUGAAGAAGAACACGUUGCUGAUCGGGACAACGGGCACUGAGACCUGCUUCCUGCCUGAGGCAGAGCUGCCAGAGUGUGCCCGGCUGGCAUACGGGCCGGAGGGGCGUGAGGAUGCCCAGCCAGACGAGAUCGCAGACCGAGAGCUGGCGGAGGCACUUCAGAGAUCUGUACAGGAGGGUGGUAAGGAACGCGGUCUGGGAGAGGGCUAUAGUGAUUCCUCAGCUCUCUGUCUGCACUCUCAAAAGUAGUGGACAUUACUGCAGCAGAGACAUGAGCCAGAAAGCACAUUUGCAUUUAGCUUCGUUACCCCUGAACCCUGUUUCUACAGUCAUCUGCAUUCUCAGCAGGGGUUGGAACCCACAUUUUUUUUUCAAAUCGUUUCAUUCUGAACAGAACCACCAUUUUGUUUUUGUUACUUUCCAGUGUUCCAACCAGCAAAAUAAAGGUACUGGUUUAUAUAGUUCCUUUCUGUUCCUUUUUUAAUCUGUGAAAUCAACAGUUUUUUUACAUUUGGCUCAUUAAAUUACUUCACCAAUCAGUGCGGAUAGAGCAGGCAAGCUAGUUGUUUACAUGCAUGAUGGACAGACAAGUGUUGCUUAUGGCGAAAGGUGCAACAUACAUAUUGCAGGUGGGGAGCGAGCAAGAGGGCUGAGGAGGAGGCUUGAAGGCAUCUUGUUAUGACAUGCAUUAUCUGAAUUAGGCCCACAGAAUUAUACCUAAGAGGAGCGGCUUCUAUGGAGGAACUUUAAAUGUCCUUUGAUCUAACUAGCUAACAAGCUUGAGCUAGCUAGCUAACAAGCUUGUGUGUGCAGAGCGACACCAGAAUUAAAAACAUGUCUUACCUUUUUGUAGGUAAUAAAUUCAUUGUGAAAAGUGAUAACUAGGCCUAUAGUAUCCUUAACUAGCAUUGAAAAAGUUAAUCCAUUCUUCUCUAGCUAAUUAAAAAUCUCUCUCCCUAUCUUCUGAAUCAAGCUUGUAACGUCAGUACAGUAGCCUAUGCUUCAGAUGGGCAGGUAGCCUAAACACACAGGCAAAGAUUUCCAGCUUGCAGGCAGACGCUGGAUACGUUUCUGAGUGACAGAGUGAUGGCCUUGCAUAGGCGCUUUGUUACGUUUUGUUGUGGGACUAGAAAAAAAUGUCUGGAAUGUAAAAUAACGUUAUUAACCGGUUCCCAUGCUUUUAAAAUAACGGUUCCGUUCCGGGACAGUAUGGAUCACUUUCCUUCCAGGUUCCGUUUCUGUUCCUUGAAAUAAAAAUCUGUUUCGGUUCUGUUCCCUGAACCGGUUCCAACCCCUGAUUCUGUCACAUACAUGAUCACUGCAUGUAAUCACCUCAGCCAAUGAAAAAUAAGCUUUAUAAAUCAGACCUAGGUAUGAAAUCAAAAUCUGACCUGUGGUUGGAUUUAGUCUAGUUGGUGUUAGUCUUUGUUUGGUUCUGUAAAUGUAUUUGGUUUAACAGUUCUUCUUUAAGUAAAAAAGACAAUGAAAUCCCUCUGCGGACCAAUUUAGCUCAUGGAGGAGGUUAGAUGACAGGUCAUGUGAUCACUCUGUGACCUCUAGGGUCAUAGGUCAAAUAAAGUUAUCUUGGCUGACACUGUUCACCACGAUGUGAACAGUCUUGACAGCGUGGUGCAUGCUUUGUGUGCGAGUGCUAACUCUCUGCGUCCCUUUGCAUGAUGUGUGGUGUGUGGCCUAACCCUGAGCAGGACAGCACUGAUGCAUUUGGGGAGACAGCUGGAGAGGGCCUUACCAACCAGGUAUUGCAAACCUACAGAGAGAAUCAAUGCUAAAUCCAUCACCCAUAUUCUCUUCUUUAUUUGGGGAUUUUGUUGCAAAAGUUUAUUUUGGGCUUAUUGAAAAAACAUAAUAAAUAUUGGUACGAUAUUAGUAAUACAUCCUUUAAUAAAUAGUCAAUAGUAUUUACCAUGUUUUUCAACUUAUUUAAAAAAGCAUAGGAUGCAAUCACUGAUUAAAAGGGGUAGUUAGAGAUUUUGGCAAUCCCUGUAGACUUCCAGUCAUUGCGCUAAUGCUAACUUCCUUCCUACUGGACACAAUGACAUAAAAAUGGUAUCCACGAGUUUGUCUGACUAUGGGGAAGUAGCCAAAAUCUCAAAUUAUCCCUUUUAAGGUCUCUGCAUUUCAAUUUCAUGUUUCAUUUCAGAAGCUGGCAUGGACAAACUAUGCAUGUUGUGUGCAAGAGUGUUUUGGUCCGUAGCAAGUUUCAAUUGUUGUUCAACUACUGUUUAUUCUAAAACUGAUCUCUACCAUCACACUGCAGGUGGACAAACUACCUCACCGGAAUCCCCACUAUUCCCAACACCCAGACCCCUGAACAACAUGCCCCUGUCCUCCACCUCUACCACCGGCCACCCCCAGAGCCUUGCCCUGGACCGUUCUCAGUCUGCUCCAGCCUACAUGCGCCAGGCCGGGGCCCCAACACCAGGGCAGAGCCAGAGCCAAACCCAGCCUGGUUUCCUGGGUUUCCCCAUCCCUGGGCCCUCAUCCCAGGCCCAGAGCAUAGCACCUACAGCCCAACAGUCUCCUCUCUCAGACCCAAGCCCUACCAACCCCACCCAGCCACUCCUACCCACCAUCCCCACUCCCCCGGCUCAGGAUCUGUCCACAUGCGCCCCUCCUGCAGACAAGUCUGUGACUGGCACUCCCACCCUGGGAGGUUCAUACAGUCAGAUCCCUCCAGAGAUGGGGUAUGGCUCUGAGAAGGCAGAGAAUAGCUCCCUGUCCCCCCUCUCAAUUCAGCCCAUGGAGCAGGAGGAGGACAUGUCAGUCACCACCACAGAUCCCCGGACAUGUCUGAGUACCCCGAGUCAGCAGAGUGGAGAGGGUGAAGGGGGUUCCCACCAUCCCAUCUCCAAUCUCCCAUCACUCACCCUGGAGCCAUGUCUUUCUGGAUCCACAUCUGCGGAGAUGGAGUCUCACCCUGCCUCCUCCCAGAGCACUGCGCAAUCAGAGCGGGACCAGCCAGAGGGGGAGCGCUGUCCCAACUCAGACCAGAUCCCGUCUCUGGCCCAGGCUCUGCGGGAGCUCCAUGAGCUGCUGGUGUCUAACAGCUGUGGCCUGUCCCCCCAGGACCGCAGUGCCAGCUGCUCCCCCUCACACAGACAGGAUGCUGACGGACUGCACAACAACCACAACCCCACCGCAGAGCCCCAAACCCUGAUACCCGAAAACACCAAACAACCAUCCCCCUCUACUGCCAUUAUAGCUGGUGCAGAACCAUGCGAUGCCAAAGCCAACCAUGCUGCUGCUGUGUCUGACGGAGGGCCUCCUCCUGACUGUGUCCUGCCAGUCACCUCUGGCCAGGAGCAGAGCCUGGAGACUAGGGACGGGGCAGAGGCUGAACCAGGAGAGGGACAGGGAGAACUAGAACCACAGUGUCCAGACAGCUCCUGGGGGGAAAGGAGGGCUGACAGGUAUGGGCUAGAUGCCAGUAAAAGCAGAGGGACUGUGUCUGAGGUCCAGGGUCCCUCCCCCUCUUCACUCCAAGCAGACCUGGAGUUUAGGGAGCCCCCUGAGGGGCAGCAGGGGAGGGGUGUGGCAGACGGGAGAGCCUCUGGCAUUGACAACCCAGACACUCUCGGCCUCCAACCUGAGCCAACACAGCAGAGCCCCCUGUCCAUGGCUGUGGGUUCACCUGAGGACAACUCUGGCGUUUCGCCCCGCACUUCACCUCCUCAGGCCCUGGGCAACCACCACCACCCCUCCUCCUCCUCCUCCUCCUCCUCUACAGCCCCACUCUUCUCUGCUCCACAUCCCGUUACUGAACAGUUUCCGGCUGAGCACAUCCAGAGGAUCCAGGCAGCUGGCUUCUCUGCCAGGGAGGCUGCAGAGGCACUGGAACAGGCCCAGGGUAGUGUGGAGCUGGCUCUGCUGGCACUACUGGCCCGCAAGAUCACUGUGCCCACCUAG